UAUUCAUUUCGUAGAGAGAGACCACCAAUCCAAUUGCGAUAAUCCACACUCAAUUUACAAGAGAGAGAGAGAGUCGUGGUGGCAAAGAGAAAAGUAUAAACAGAACAGGAGAAACCAUGUCAGAUUAUGGAGUGAGGAGGAUGAAGCUGGGAAGCCAAGGACUCGAAGUAUCGGCGCAAGGCCUUGGCUGCAUGAGCCUCUCCGCCUUCUUCGGUGUUCCCGCCCCCGAAACUGAUCCCAUCGCUCUUCUUCACCACGCUAUCGACUCCGGCGUAACUUUCCUUGACACCGCCGACAGCUACGGUCCUCAGACCAACGAGUUGCUCCUCGCCAAGGCUCUGAAGGAUGGGGUGAGGGAGAGAGUGGAGCUCGCUUCCAAAUUUGGGAUCAUUUACGGAGAGGGGAAGAGAGAGAUAAAGGGAGAUCCUUUCUAUGUUAGAGCUGCUUGUGAGGCUAGUUUGAAGCGGCUUGAUGUGGACUGCAUUGAUCUUUAUUACCAGCAUCGGAUUGAUGCUCGUGUCCCUAUCGAAAUCACUAUGGGGGAAAUGAAGAAGCUAGUUGAAGAGGGUAAGAUAAAGUACGUUGGUUUGUCUGAAGCCUCUGCUUCAACUAUCAGAAGAGCGCAUGCUGUUCACCCAAUUACUGCAGUGCAGUUAGAAUGGUCCUUGUGGACAAGAGAUGCGGAAGAAGAAGUCAUCCCCACCUGCAGGGAACUUGGGAUUGGGAUUGUUGCUUACAGUCCUCUAGGAAGAGGCUUCUUCGCUGCUGGACCAAAGCUUCUUGAGAAUAUAGAGAACAAUGACUACAGGAAGACUCUACCAAGAUUCCAACCGGAAAACUUAGUCCACAACAAGAUUCUCUACGAGAAAGUUUGUGGAAUGUCAGAAAAGAAAGGAUGCACUCCUGGACAACUAGCCCUCGCAUGGCUUCACCACCAAGGAGACGAUGUUUGCCCCAUCCCUGGAACUACUAAGAUUGAAAAUCUCAAUCAGAACAUUGGAGCUUUAUCUGUGAAACUCACUCCCGAAGAGAUGUCUGAGCUGGAGAGCAUUGGUCACCCAGAGUCUGUGAAAGGAGAAAGAUAUGGGAACAUGUUGGCCACUUUCAAGAACUCUGACACUCCACCAUUGUCUUCCUGGAAACCCGCAUAAAACCAGCUGAGUUUAUCUGGUUGUGGUGGUGGAUGACAUUGAAGCAGUCUUAACUUCUGUGUCAGUAAGAAGAAAGUAAUUGAUCUGUUGUGUCUUGAGAGUAGAUUAUCAAAUCCAAAUAUCAGUGUGAAUGUAUUGUAUAAUAAAUUAUCUAUAGAGUUCCCCAAGUGAAACUUCAAUCUACAACUCCAUACAUUGUGUCCAAACUCUAUAAAUAAACGUCUCUUCUAUUCAAA